CAUCACCUUCAAUGGGAUGGCCGGUACAGGAAAUUGUUGCAUCAGAUUGUACCAGUCCUCAUGGAAGUGAAGAUGGUGAGAAAAAGCACUUAAAGAAUAAGGAAUUUGAGAAACAAGUUUCAGCAUUACCAGUCCCAUUGGUAGAGAUUGAGAUGAUGAAGGAGAGGUUUGCAAAAUUGCUACUUGGAGAAGAUAUGUCAGGUUGUGGAAAUGGGGUCCCUACAGCCUUGGCUGUCUCAAACGCCAUAACUAAUCUAUGUGCUACCAUCUUCGGGCAACUUUGGAGAUUAGAGCCUAUGCGUACAGAGAAGAAAGCAAUGUGGCGAAGAGAGAUGGAGUGGCUUCUUUCUGUCAGUGAUCAUAUAGUUGAAUUGGUACCUAAUUGGCAGACUUUUCCGGAUGGAAGCAAGCUUGAGGUCAUGACUUGUAGACCGCGCUCAGAUCUCUAUGUCAACCUUCCAGCUCUGCGUAAAUUAGAUAACAUGCUUCUUGAAAUUCUUGACAGUUUUGUCAAUACAGAGUUCUGGUAUGUAGACCAAGGGGUUCUGGCCACAGAUGCUGAUGGUCCAUCUUCUUUUCGACAAGCACUUCAGCGCCAAGAGGAAAAAUGGUGGCUUCCUGUACCCCGAGUCCCUCCGUGUGGCCUCCAUGAAAAUUCAAGGAAGCAGUUGCAGCAUAAGCGUGAUUGCACAAACCAAAUAUUAAAAGCUGCAAUGGCCAUUAACAGUAUUACUUUAGCUGAAAUGGACAUUCCUGAGUCUUAUUUGGAAUCUCUUCAAAAGAAUGCUAGAGUGAGCUUGGGGGAUGUUAUUUAUCGUUAUAUCACAUCAGAUCAUUUUUCUCCUGAGUGUUUGCUAGCUUGCCUUGAUUUAUCUUCUGAACAUCAAGCUAUAGAGAUUGCGAACCGAGCCGAGGCUUCCAUGUAUAUUUGGCGUAAAAAGACCAAUUCAAAGCCAUCAAGUAUCAGUGCCAGAUCUAGCUCAAGAUCAUCAUGGGAAAUGGUCAAGGAUAUGAUGGUUGAUGGAGACAAAAGGGAAUUGCUUGCAGAGAGAGCAGAAAGCCUUCUGCUUUCCUUGAAGCACCGUUUUCCUGGUCUCCCUCAAACAGCCUUGGAUAUGAGCAAAAUCCAAUACAACAAGGAUGUUGGGAAAGCCAUUCUGGAGAGCUACUCUAGAGUACUAGAGAGUUUGGCAUUUAACAUGGUAGCGCGGAUUGAUGAUGUUCUCUAUGUAGAUGACUUGACCAAACAUUCUGACCAAUUCUCAUCUCUCCCAAGAGUUGGUGUAGUUACUCACAAGAGUGUUUCAGUUCCAUAUUCAAAAGCUUUGACUGAUUUUCUUAGCAUUGAUACAAAAGGGAAGGCCUAUAGCAGUCCAAUUGAGAAACAAGUUCCACAAUCAAAAACACUUGAUGAAGUGCCAGCAUUUGAAACAGAUGUGGACUCCAGUGACUUCACAGAAGAAGCUGUCAGCCCAAAUAUCAUGGACCAGGCAUGGCAAGUGUGAAAGGCUAUUGAUCUUUUAUAGCUGAGACAUUUGUCAACUGACUUUUCUUUUUUCUUUUUCGUUUUCCUUUUGUUGAGUCUUCAUAUGUA